AUGUUUGACAGGUUUUUCAAAACUGUGGACCCCCAGGAGCAGGCGAAGUUGUGGCGGCGGAAACUCAGCUCGGAGAUGCGCAAGAUUGAUGCCCAAAUUCGCAGGAUUCAACGGGAGGAGAUGAAGGUCAAACAGGAGGCGAAGGUGGCCGCGCGAAAAGGUGAUCCUGUGGCGGUGCGUAUGCUUUCAAAGGAGAUUCUUCGGGCACGUCAUGCAGUGAGGCGUUUGUACGUCGCUCGCACCCAAAUGAACUCCGUGUCAAUGCAGCUGCAGCAACAGGCGUCGCAGAUCAAGCUGGCGGGCAGCAUCCAGAAGAGCGCAGCCAUCAUGACAGAGAUGAACAGGCUGGUGCACGUGCAGGAGGUGCAGGCCACAAUGCGGGAGAUGAGCAGGGAGAUGAUGAAGGCGGGCCUGAUAGAGGAGGCGAUAAAUGACACCGUUGACAACGCCUUAGAUGAGGACAUCGCCGAUGAGGAGCUGGACGAAGAGGUGAACAAGGUGGUUGAUGAGGUCACGCAUGGCAAGAUGCAGGGCACAACCGUCGCCCAGGCCAGGUUGCCGCAAACGCAGCAGGUGACAGUGGGAGAGGAUGCGGUUGAUGAGAACGAGGAUGAGCUGUUGGCGAAGUUUAACGCCCUUCGCGGUAAUUCCGCGUGA